GCAUAUGCGUCCUGGUAAAGAAGAGCGCACAGGCGGGGUCAUUUAAAGCUGGUAAUGGUUAUGCCAUUCUCAUUCUACCACUUUUGGCUCAACAGAGGCGACAUGUUCCUUCUUUCUUCUCUCUUCAACUCAUUGCACUCAAAAACAAUAAGUGAAGACAGAUAGAGUUUAGUUGAGUUCAGUACGUGUUUUAUUAUUCUUUCUUUCUCAUCUCAGAGUUGUGACGGUGAGAACUGAGAAAUUAAAUUGAAAUGGAGUACGGGAGCGGAGGCGGUGGGUCGCAGUCCCCAAGGGAGCAGGAUUCCCACGAGAGGAGGAAGCGUUAUCAUCGUCAUACUGCCAACCAGAUUCAGAGGCUUGAAUCAAUGUUCAAAGAGUGCCCCCAUCCAGAUGAGAAGCAGAGGUUGCACUUGAGCAGAGAGUUAGGCCUGGCCCCGAGGCAGAUCAAAUUUUGGUUUCAGAACAGGAGGACCCAGAUGAAGGCCCAGCACGAAAGAGCUGACAACUGUGCUCUUCGAGCUGACAAUGACAAGAUACGUUGCGAGAACAUCGCAAUCAGAGAGGCCUUGAAGAAUGUUAUAUGCCCUUCUUGUGGCGGCCCUCCUCUCACCGACGAUUCUUAUUAUGAUGAUCAGAAGUUACGAUUAGAGAACGCCCACCUCAAAGAAGAGCUUGACAGAGUAUCUAGCAUUGCUGCCAAGUAUAUUGGAAGACCAAUUUCUCAACUUCCGCCAAUUCAGCCUAUUCUUAUGUCAUCUCUAGACUUGUCCAUGGCAAGUUUUGGAAACCAAGGGAUGGUUGGUCCAGGUCCUUCCCUUAAUCUUGAUCUUCUCCCUGCAGGGACUUCUUCAUCAGUGCCAAAUUUGCCUUACCAUCCUCCUUGCCUUUUGGACAUGGACAAGUCCCUCAUGUCAGACAUUGCUUCCAAUGCCAUGGAAGAAUUACUCAGGCUCUUGCAGACUAACGAACCGUUGUGGCUCAGGUCAAAGUCAAACGCCCAUGAGAGAGAUAUUCUUAGUUGCGAGGCCUAUGAAAGAAUGUUUCCCAAGCCCAAUAGUCGUCCCAAGAAUCCUAAUGUUCGCGUUGAAGCUUCCCGAGAUUCUGGAGUUGUAUUCAUGAAUAGUUUAGCUUUGGCUGAAAUCUUUAUGGACCCAUUGAUUUUGCAGAACAAGUGGACGGAACUUUUUCCCACUUUUGUCUCGGUGGCAAAGAGAAUUCAGGUCAUAUCUUCUGGGGUUAUGGGCGGUUGCAGUGGUUCUUUGCAAUUGAUGUAUGAAGAGUUGCAAGUGCUAUCUCCACUUGUUUCUACUCGGGAGUUCUACUUCCUGCGUUACUGUCAGCAAAUUGAGCAAGGCACGUGGGCAGUAGUGGACGUUUCUUAUGAUUUUCCACAAGAUAGCCACUUUGCUCCUGAAUUUCGGUCUCAUCGUCGUCCUUCUGGUUGCUUGUUCCAGGACAUGCCUAACGGGCAUUCCAAGGUUACCUGGGUUGAACAUGUAGAAAUUGAAGAUAAAACUCUGCCUCAUCGGCUUUACAGAAAUCUUAUUUAUAGUGGGAUGGCAUUUGGAGCUGAAAGAUGGCUUGCUACCCUCCAGAGGAUGUGUGAAAGACUCACUUAUCUUAUGGUUACAAGCAAUCCCACCCGGGAUAAUCUUGGAGGAGUAAUUUCAUCUCCUGUGGGCAAGAGGAGCAUGAUGAAACUUGCUCAAAGGAUGGUGACCAAUUUCUGUGCCAGCGUUAGCACAUCAAGUGGGCACCGAUGGACGACGCUCUCUGGGUUGAAUGAGAUUGGAGUGAGAGUCACUGUCCAGAAUGGUGUGGUACUUAGUGCAGCCACUACCAUUUGGCUCCCCACCCCUCCACACACUGUCUUCAAUUUCUUCAAGGAUGAAAGAAAAAGACCUCAGUGGGAUGUUCUUUCCAACGGUGAUGUGGUGCAAGAGGUUGCGCGCAUAGCAAAUGGUUCGCACCCUGGUAACAGUAUAUCAGUUCUUCGAGGGUUGCAAAGCAGUGAGAACAUGUUAAUACUCCAAGAGAGCUGCAUAGAUUCGUGUGGUUCACUUGUGGUUUAUUGCCCGGUUGAUCUGGCAUCCAUCAACAUAGCAAUGAGUGGUGAGGACCCUUCUCACAUUCCCCUACUACCAAACGGAUUUAGCAUUUUGCCUGAUGGGCAGGGUGAGCAGGAAGGAGAUGGGGCAUCAACGAGUUCAAAUUCAAUCAGGUCUGGGUCUGGGGGUUCACUAGUUACAAUUGCACUCCAGAUUCUAGUGAGCAGCUUGCCAUCUGCCAAGCUGAAUAUGGACUCGGUGGCAAAUGUUAAUAAUCUUAUUGGCUCCAUUAUCCACCAAAUAAAGGCUUCCUUCACCUAAAUUAAAUUAAAUAUGCUUACCAGAAGUGGUUCGGACUUUGAAUGCCCCAUCAGGAGCAUUAUGUUGGUGUGGUGGUGGUAGAGCUACCUGUUUUUUUGGCUUGCUUUCAAGUUUCAAGGUUCAAACUGCCUGCUGGCGUACAUGUCACAUCAACUACCAUUCUUUUGGCUUUUUGGAGGGAGUCAAGAACGCACCAUACGUGGUCUUUACCUUCACAGAUUAACCAGCAAAAUGUGUAUGGUUCGGGUAUUGACUUCAUCUUCAUAAUUUAUUGGUUGUAAUAACUCACUUUUUCUCCUAAUAUAAUAUAAAUUGAAGAAGGAAAAAAAAAAAAAAAAAAGACGUUCAGGGGUUGGAUGGAUUUAUAUAGGAGGUGCCCAGGUGGUGGCCUGGUGGGGCAGCCAGAUAUCGACAGUUUGGAUGCUUUUUUCGGCCUGACAUCAUCAGUGUGCCCCAUGAUUUUCGAGAUACUAAUUCAAUUUACGUGAAAAUUAAAACAUGA